AUGACGUUCGCCUGGAAGUCCGCCGGUUUGACCUACAACCGCUACCUGGCCGUUGCCUCCCGCGCCGUCCGCCGGUCCCUCAAGGAGGGGCCCCGUCUCCAGGCCGAGCGCCGUGGACAGCAGGAACUGCGUUUUGCCAAGUGGGAGAACGGCAAGCAGGGCGAAGUCAAGAACCUUGCCGAGGCCAACAACGCGGCUGCCAUCGCCCAGGCCGAGUCGAAAUAG